UCUAGCGCUGCCAGUGGACAAUCAGACCCAAACACCCUCCUGCUUCCACUCGCCUCUUUUUUUUUUUUUUUUAAACAAUUCUUACUUCAGCUGUAAAUUUGCACAGACAGACGAAGAGCCUCAGCUCGAAAUCUCAUCGCGACGGCUCGUGAUAUCGCAAGCGGCAUUAUUUUUAGACUGAAAAAAAAGCGUUCUGAGAUACAACAUGGAGUCGCCUCCUGAUCCGACGAGCGAGCCGGGUAAGAGCGCCUCUGAGGCGGCGAGCGCGGUCAGGGAGAGUCCGCUGAACCUGGACGCUCUGCGGAAAGCCGAGCACCAAGCGCCCGUGCGCAGACACAGCUGCUCGAGCACUAACAGAGGUAUUUCAGUAACAAAGAAGACACACACUUCUCAAAUUGAAAUUAUUCCCUGCAAGAUCUGUGGAGACAAAUCAUCAGGCAUCCAUUAUGGUGUGAUAACAUGUGAGGGCUGUAAGGGAUUCUUCAGGAGGAGUCAGCAGAGCAAUGCGGCAUAUUCGUGCCCACGUCAAAAGAACUGCCUGAUCGACCGUACCAGCCGAAACCGCUGCCAGCACUGCAGGCUGCAGAAGUGUCUGGCCGUGGGCAUGUCACGGGACGCGGUGAAGUUCGGGCGCAUGUCAAAGAAGCAGCGGGAUAGCCUGUACGCUGAGGUGCAGAAGCACCGUCUCCAGCAGCAGCAAAGGGAGCAGCAGCAGCAGCCGGGCGAGGCCGAGCCACUCACGCCCACCUACGGUCUCUCAGCAAACGGCCUCACUGAGCUGCAUGACGACCUGAGCGGCUACAUGGACAGCCACACGGCUGACGGCACCAAGCCUGACUCGGGUGUCAGCAGCUUCUACCUGGACAUCCAGCCCUCACCCGACCAGUCCGGCCUGGACAUCAACGGCAUCAAGCCCGAGCCCAUCUGCGACUUCACGCCAGCCUCAGGCUUCUUCCCAUACUGCUCCUUCAGCAACGGCGAGACCUCCCCCACCGUCUCCAUGGCCGAGCUAGAGCAUCUGGCCCAGAAUAUCUCCAAGUCCCACAUGGAGACAUGUCAAUAUCUGAGAGAGGAGCUGCAGCAGAUGACCUGGCAGGCCUUCCUUCAGGAGGAGAUGGAGAGCUACCAGAACAAGCCCAGAGAAGUCAUGUGGCAGUUGUGUGCCAUUAAAAUCACAGAGGCCAUCCAGUACGUGGUGGAGUUCGCCAAGCGUAUCGAUGGCUUCAUGGAGCUCUGUCAGAAUGAUCAGAUUGUGCUGCUCAAAGCAGGCUCUUUGGAGGUGGUGUUUGUCAGAAUGUGUCGUGCCUUUGACCCUCAAAACAACACAGUCUAUUUCGAUGGAAAGUAUGCCGGCCCUGAUGUGUUUAAGUCAUUAGGUUGUGACGACUUGAUCAGCUCCAUCUUUGAGUUUGGGAAAAACUUGUGUUCUAUGCACCUGUCUGAGGACGAGCUCGCCCUGUUCUCAGCAUUUGUGUUGAUGUCUGCAGACCGCUCCUGGCUCCAGGAGAAGGUGAAAGUAGAGAAGCUACAGCAGAAGAUCCAGCUGGCCCUUCAGCACGUCCUGCAGAAGAAUCACAGAGAGGAUGGCAUACUAACAAAGUUAAUAUGCAAAGUGUCGACCCUGCGAGCACUGUGCAGCAGGCAUACAGAGAAGCUGACCGCUUUCAAAGCAAUAUACCCGGACAUUGUGCGUACCCAUUUCCCGCCCUUAUACAAGGAGCUCUUUGGAUCAGACUUUGAGCAGUCCAUGCCUGUGGACGGGUAGCGGCCCCUUCGUCCGGCCCACUCUGAGGGGCCACAAACACCGUGGGGAAUGUCGAGCAUGAAUCUGAGACACUUUACCAGUGCCCUGCACAUACACACAUACACAGCACAGACACAUACACAAACAAAAAACAGGACAGCUUACCUGCUGCACACACUUUCCUUUUUUUGUUGUUGUUGUGGUUGAUGUUGUUGUUGUUGUUGUUUUCCUUCGGGAGGGGGGUACAGCAAGAUAACUUUUAUUUGGAGGGUUGAUUUUGUGAGGUUUAUCUCCUCCUUUUUUUGACACAAGUGGGAUUGGGAGGGCCCCAGGGAAAGGAUGAGGAGAUGAAGAUGCUUGUUCUCUCUCUUUUUUCUCUCGCUUUCUCUUGCUCUUUCUCUUUCUCUCUCUCAGUCUGUCUGGCUGAACCUGAAGCGCUCAUGCAUACGACUCCGGAAUGUUCCCAUGAUGAUUUCCCCAAAAUAUCACCAGAAAUGGUGUUUCCUACAAAACGUACUAUAGUAACAAACCUUUAAAUUCUUUAUAGAAGGCAAUUAUUAUUUUUGAUCAUUCUGCAAAAUUGGUCUGAAUUUAAAAAAAAAAGUUAUAUUGUAUAAAAAGAAGAAAUCAGUAAUCCCUACAUAACCAAAUUCAGAUAAAUCCAUUCCCAAACUUAAAAAAAAGAAAAGAAAAAAAGAACAUGCAUGAAUUGUGACCAGUGCAGUAGACAUGUGCUAGUUUUCAUCUCUCUACUCUUUCUAUCUUUUGCUGGGAAGCUGCUGCUCAGAAUGUAAACCAGCAGUUAAAGAGGUCAAAAGAGAAGCACCAGAUGAAGAGAGAGAGAGGGUGAACAGGAGAGCGAAGGAGAGAAAGAGAAAACAUGGGGCACGUGGAGCAGAGCCGUCUGCAUGGGGUAUCACGAAACUGACGCCUUUCUAAGGACAAUCGUUAAAAAAAACAAAAGAGAGAAGAAAGGAGAAAAAAUAAAUAGAAUUCUGGUAAUUCUAGUUUUUAAAAAAUGCAAUUACUUUUAGUUGUCGAGCACUUCAUCCAGCGUGGUUGCUUAGUGAGAUCCUAUAAGGCCAUCUGCUAUUAAAUCUUUUUUCUGGACAGAUUAUGGCAGUUUAACUGAGCACACCGCCACAACGCAAGGGUCCAUUCCACCUGUUUUCUAAAUGUGCUACAGGGUAUACGGUCAUAAGUACUUACUAUACAGAAAAGAAAAGUAAUGUUUAUAGAAUCUAUUUUAAAUAACAUGUAUGAUAAUAGUAGCUAGACUAUUCUUAAUUGUCAAGAAUUGAUAAGGCACUUUUAUUUGCACCUUUCUUUAAUUUAAGACUUGUAUAUUUACCUAGUGAUGUGUUGCAUGUGCAAACAGAAAUACAAGCGAAAAACCACCGACUCACAGAGGCUACAUGCUGGAAGCUCCUACAGGUGUGUGUGUGUGUGUGUGUGUGUGUGUGUGUGUGUGUGUGUGUGUGUGUGUGUGUGUGUGUGUGUGUGUGUGUGUGUGUGUGUGUGAGGAUAAGAUCAGUGCUGGGUAAAGGCUGACAGAGGUGUUCUAAGUUUCAUUUGGUUUUCAGCUCAGAUCUGUUUUAGCGCUUUACAGAACGAGAAGUGUGUGCAAGGCUGAACCUGAUCCUAGAUCAGCAUGUUCUACAACACUGCCAGUCUGCAUCUCACCUUGUCUGAAGAUGUCGUGUUAGCAAGCUUGAACUUCCUUUAGGCACAAUGCUCAGUUUCAGGACAAGUAUAAAGCACAAUAGUUAAAUCAUUUCCAUGAAAGUGUGUGGAAAACAGGUGCUGGGGUUUAGAAUCAUAAAUCCUCACCAUAUUAAGGCACAAGUCAAUGGUUCCACCUAGUGGUGAAGAGUUCAGUACACAGCAUCUCAGUAUCUUCUACUAUAACUUGAGUAUUCAUGUAUUAAUGAUACAGCAUGCAGACUUUCCUGUGUUAAUUCUGCUUUCGUAGAACAGAGACUUGAGUUGAACUGAGCUUUUAGUUCUCACACAGCAUCUCUGCAGCAGCCUUUGCCCAGCUGUACUGCUAGUAAGGAGACAGUAAAGAAUAAGAAACAUAUUCAAAGCCUUGUCUGGUAGUAAAACUUCUAUUUUUCUAAUCUGUACAGUGCAUAAGCUGAUGAAAGAAGGAGAGGGAGAGAAAGAAAGUGAGAUUAUAAAGCACUUAUUCCUGCAAUAAUUCGAUUUUUGUGUCUUUCCAAUUUUUUUUUGACAAAAACAAUAGUAUUAUUAGUGUUAUUAUUUCCCCCCCGAUGCGUAAUUGUUGUCUGAUUGUCGAGUCUAAGCCCUUCAAGUGUGCCAUAGCAGUUUCUCCUAAUCUCGAGUCCACAGAACAUUCCAGUGAAAUAAUAAUGUGACUCUUAUUAAAUGCAAACAUGAUACAGAAACACCACACCGAUAUCCCUCGAACAAACAUUUCUGCUAGUUGUUAGUCAAUCUGUAGUCACUUCUAUUCGCUACACCACCUUUUCUCAAUGCUCCUUAUACAAUAUACAGUGUAUUUUCCUCAGGGAAGAGUUGUACUUCUAACUCUGUUUGACUCAGUUAACAUUCAUUUUGAUGAGAUGCUGAUAAUUGGUCCUGCCCUCCAUUAUUUGCUGUACCUACAUUCUCAAUAUAGCACAGUAACGUUAACAGGGUCAUUAAAAGCACGGCUCAUUAAACAACAUUACAGUAUAACGUUAAAAUUAGACCACAGGUUUAUUAGCACCGAGAACCUGUUUCGAUAAUCACAUCACUUCGAUUCAGUGCAUCUACAACGUAUUUGAUUGAUUGUUGCUGGCCAGAGAUGUUGAAUUUACACAAAAACAUUCAUCAAAGCUGUGAAUGACAAUCCAGCAGAACAUUUCAAAUUGGCAGCAUGUGGACUUAAAUACCAAAUGCUCAGGGAGAACAUUUUACUGGAAAAAAAACACAAAAACAGGGCAGACCAUUUUGUAACGUAGCAACAUCACAUUUUCUCUUGGUGUUUUCAUUUGAGUGUUUUUUGUUUUCUUUUUCUUUUAGAAGUACUUCUCUGCUGGUCAGUGUGUAAGAUUCAUCAUCUCACAUGCACUUCUCACAUGUAAAAGAUCCUACAUAUCUCAUCACAUCUCAGAAAUGUAGAAAACAACAGUUUAAAAUAGUCUCGGUGCACUCGCGUUACGCUACCAACAGGGUCCAGCAUUAUACAAAAACAAGCAAUGAGCUCUACCGUCACCCCUUUUAGUGUAACUUUCACAUAUAUUGUAUGAGUCUAUGUGCCAAAUACCUCUUGUAGAAUUAGCUCCACUAGCAGACUCUGCCCAUGAGCCAGGAGUGCGUCGUGUUACUAAUACGGGUUUCGACAGGGUAGCCACUGUAGUGGAGUUCCCGCUGAACAAGCUUUGAUACGCAGAAGACUGUUGCAAUUCUGUCCUUUUCAGUCUACUUGAUCCAUAUUGUGGUGUCCUAGUGAAUGCUAAUUACAACGAUACCCGUUUGCACCGUUAAAAAAGCUGUACUGAUUUCUUUUUUUGUUGGUCAGUGUAGUUUGUUUUAGGUAUUAAAAGCAAUACAGGCUGUAAAGUAGAAACUUUGGACAAAUUUAUUUUUUCAAUCAAAAGUACUGAACCAUCUCUGGAUUUGUGGUAUUGACAUAUUGAUGUACAGAUAAAUGCUCUCGCUUGUGAAAAGAUCCGGUUGUGCAUCAUAGGUUUCCAUGUUGUGUUGUGUUUCUGCGUGUCUUGAGCUCUUUCUACCCUCUUUGUUCAUUUUGUAAGAAGCAAUAUGAGUGUGUGUGAGUGUGUGUGAGUGUGUGUGAGUGUGAGUGUGUGUGUGUGUGUGUGUGUGUGUGUGUGUGUGUGUGUGUGUGUGUGUGUGUGUGUGUGUGUGUGUGUGUGUGUGUGUGAAAGUCAAACCCCAGACAAGGCUUUAAUACAGUAGAUAAGGAGCAGCAGGGUCAGCUGGUGAAGUAAAUGGUAAAUGGAUAUCUUAGUUUUCCCAGGUUUUUACACACUCUUAGUAGCAAGUUUGAGCUCAUCCAUCAGGCUGGACAAGCAUGACACAGUGCACGCCAUUAUCUUAUUAAAAAUCCUUCACACCAACAUUAUGCAAUCCUGCCACUGACGGGCCUAUGCAGUCUCAAAUACCACAGAAUGAGUUUACACUGUACCAUCGUAAUAACUCCGGCGUUCUUUCUUAGCGAGGGCACUUAGACUGCCAGAAGCCAUUUGAAUAAUAUUCACCAUGUUUUAACACAUGGAAUUAACGUGUGAUGUCAUGCUUGUGACGCCAUUUUGAUUUGAAGGCGAAAGUGUUAUUAAGAUGUAUAGAUUAGCAAUCAUUUUCAUUGCAUUUAUUUUUUUUUUUUUAAAUGUGACCUUUUUUCCCGAAAGCACAGCUAAUAAAGUGAGGUAUGUUUUAGAAUAUAGAGCGAAAGACAAAAAAAAAGACAAACAAAAAAAACUUUUAGCCAUAAUCGAAUGUCAAGCAAUAAUAUAUAUGGUAUAUUAUUAUUAUUCAUCUUUGUGCAUAGGCUUUGGACACCUGCAUGUAAAUACACCUCUUAUUUAUCACAUUUUGUUUCUCUCUCUCUCUCUCUCUCUCUCUCUCUCUCUCUCUCUCUCUCUCUCUCUCUCUCUCUCUCUCUCUCUCUGAUUUUGGUUUUUGUUUUCGUUUCGUUUCGUUUGUAUAUUUGACUAGUUCUGUUCCCAGGUGGAGAACUAAGAACUUCAUAUGUCCUGUAAACUGUACAGCUUGAUUUCACUCCCUUUCUCUCUCCCCGUCAGCUUUCUGCUUUUAAUUCACUAUAUUUAAUGUUAUUAUUGAUCACAUGUAUAAAAGUAACUUUGUAACAUCUGUCUGUAUAGGUUUAAAAAAAAAAGAAAAAUGAAAGAAAGAAAGAAAAUACUGCUAUUAAGACCUACUCAGUGCAAAUAUUUAUCUGUUUAUUGGAUACAUCAUGCUGUACAGUAUCUCUGUUUUAGUAUACUUCUCUCUUUUAGAGUUAGUUUGAUAGCGGUAGGCCGUGCUGACAUUUAAUUUUGUGUUAAACUGACGUGUGGUGCUAGGUAAGUUACUUUCGUGAACAAAAGAAAAAAUAAACAUGCAAACUCUUGAUUCAUAGACAAGGCCACAAGAUUAGUUCAUUCAUUUCACUAAGUAUUGAUGCAUUCUUGAUAUUAGGACUCAAUAAAUGAUAAGAAUAACGAUAAAGAAUAACGAUAGUGGUUAAAUUUACUUUAAAUCCCCGGCAAGUGCCUGUAUCAGUGUGCUAGGCUCGGGUUUGCGCUCUUGUUUCCUUCUCACUUUAAGACUAUAAGUAAAAGCGGUAUCAUCUAAUUAAGAUGCUAUUAUUAAACGUCGCAUUUCUGAUUUGUCACUAUUAAAAAAUGUUUAAGCUAAAGAAAAGCAGUAUUGUGUCGAGCCUUUUUGAUUGUGAGAACCACUGCCUAGACUUGCUUAGAUUUUUUGCAAACGCAACGCCUACCGGUACUUUGCUCAGAAUUCCUACGCUAGGGAACAAAAUGCUUUAGAUACACGCUACCCAGACACAAGAGCACAUACUGGAUGAUUUCUAGAAUUAUUGGCAGUCUCAUUUAGGUCCUGUUUAUUUUCCGACUUGGCCUAGACUACAGCUUUGUGCGUAUUUAUUUUGUCUGCGCUAACGUAUACGACGUCACUGUCUAUCAUUAGACUUAAUUAAGCGCGCACACUGUGGCUUAAGCGUGAAAAGUGCAAGAGGUUGAAAUUGUCAGCUGUAGGUUCAUAUUUGCUCAAAUUGUUCUGUUCCUCUGUAGCAAGUAUGACAGCUAUCCUCGCAAUAAUACACAAACAACACCACUGAGUGCCUCUCAGUGGUCCAGGAUGCAGAAAUGACAUAGUUUUCACUGUUCACUCUCUAGUCAAAUGGUCAUGUAUUUGCACAUGUAGGUGAAUUCUAUCCAAAUUCUUCACAUUUUUUUUCUUUCAAUGUAACUGUUCUGUACUUUUGUUUUCUGACCACGUGAAACAUUUUCCCACCGCUUAUAGUUUUCCAUGUUUUAUGUCGCAAGCUGUUCUUGCAAUGCACAGUCAAUUUUCCUUUCCUCUGUUCCUUUUCUGCUGACAUGAAUAUAACCUUGUGUAAUAACAGUAAAACAUGCAUUCUGGAUGUUUUAUUUUCAGACCCUGUUUUUUGCGCAUAUUGUAAAGGACAAUAGACAAUCCACUCGGUGUUUCCCCCCCCUACUUUACAAUACUUCCAAUUUCUGUUCGUUAUUGCAGACGAAUGACUAAUGCAUUGGAUUUGAAGUAUUCACAUGUGUAUGUAAGAUAUGCAUAAAUACACGUUUAGAUUUUGUUCCUGUCGUGUGUUUAAAUGUGAGCUCGCAGGGGGUCUGGGUUUUACUCCACACACAAGCAGCAUAUACACGGGGAGGGAAAAAUGCCAAGACAAGUUUGUGGUUGUCACAAAUUUUUACAUCACACGUUUGCUACUGAUCUAACCGUGGGGAGAGAUGAUCAUGUACCUUUUUAUCCAGCUAUUUUGAACUCUAUUUAGGAGGUAGUAUCUUCACAAUAAUAGAUUUGCUCCUUCUCUUCGUCUGAUUCUUGAAUAUGAAAAUUAAGUAUUUUGAUUCAUUUUUGUAAAUACAGCUGUAAAGAAAAAUAAGAAAUUUAAUGUUGUCUUUUAAAUACUUUUCAUUCUAAUAUGAAUGUUGUUAUAUUGUACUUAGAAACUGUACCUUUAAUAUUACCUUUAUUAAAAGUGCAUUGGACACAUCGAUUUUAGAUGUGCUUUAUGUGCUGUUAUCCCAUAAUAAAAUUUACCGCUUGUAAUUGGC